AUGGCUCCUGAUCCUGGGUCAGAAUCCGAGUAUAUACGAGAGAAAGCUCGGAGGGAUCUGUUGAAUCUUCUUGAAGGUGUUCGAGGCAAAAAAAACCUUGUGAUAAGCAAGGACCUGGCUGGUCCCGUUGGCUUAUUCGUUAAGUUCUCUGUUCUUCAAGAGUACGGAGUAGACCGAGUUUUCCUACUUGAAAAUGGGAAUGCCGAUUCUUCCCAGAAAAACAUUGUCUUUCUCGUGCAUGCUGAAAAGCCUGCCCAGGUACAAUCUACGGCUGAACAAAUAAAAAAGCUUCAACGAAAUGGAACUGUCGAACAUGAAUUCUCCAUAUUUUGGGUCCCGCGCCGUACUCUUGUUUGUAAUCAGAUUUUAGAAGACGAGGGUAUUAUAGGAGAUGUCAAUAUCACGGAAUUUCCUCUUUAUUUUCUACCUUUGGAAAGUGAUAUUCUCUCCUUAGAGUUAGGUGAUGCAUUCCCGGACCUCUAUUUGCACAAGGACCCAGGUCCAGUUUAUCUUUCUGCCAAGGCAUUAAUGAAUCUGCAGCUACGUCAUGGUUUCUUUCCCCGUAUUGUUGGAAAGGGAGACAAUGCAAGGAGGCUAGCAGAUCAACUACUGCGAAUGAGGAAGGAACUGGAUGUUGAAGAAACCUCUGGAUUGAAUGAUGGAUCCGGGAGAGGGCUCAUGGUUAGCUCAACGAUAGAGAGUUUGAUAGUUAUCGAUCGAGAUGUGGAUUUCGCAACUCCCCUACUUACCCAGCUCACAUACGAAGGUCUCGUUGAUGAAUUUUUUGAAAUCGCAAAUAACCAAACAGAGGUCGACUCCAUGGUCAUUGGCCCUUCUGCUCUCACGCCCUCGUCUUCUCAAGUAACGUCCUCUGGCACAUCAUCAGCCGCUGCGAAACAGGGCUUAAAACGAAAAAUACAACUUGACUCGUCCGAUCAAUUAUUCGGUCAGCUUCGUAAUGCAAACUUUGCUAUCGUCGGAGGUCUUUUGAAUAAAAUAGCCCGCCGGCUUGAGAGCGACUAUGAAAGUCGUCAUGUAGCCAAGUCAACCACUGAACUGAGAGAAUUUGUCAACAAAUUACCCGCCUACCAAGCAGAACACACUAGCCUUAAAGUCCACACGAACAUGGCAGAAGAAAUCAUGCGUCAAACCCUUUCUGACAUUUUCAGAAAGGCGCUCGAAGUUCAGCAAAACAUAGCAGCGGGCUCGGACCCAACAUAUCAGCAUCACAUCAUCGAAGAACUAAUUGCACGCGAUGUUCCUCUAAAUACUGUUCUCCGAUUGUUAUGCCUUGAGUCCUGCAUGAAUGGCGGUCUUCGACCUAGGGAUUUAGAAAACUUCAGAAAGCAGAUAUUGCAAGCAUAUGGAUACCAGCAUCUCCUAACAUUCCAUGCCCUUGAGAAGAUGGAGUUGCUUCAGGCACGAUCGUCUGCAACGGCUAUGCUUCUCCCGACUGGAGGUGGCCCGGCGGGUUUGAAAUCCAACUAUAACCACCUUCGCAAGAGUCUGAGACUCAUUGUCGAUGAAGUGAACGAGCAGGAUCCGGAUGAUGUCGCGUACGUCUACAGUGGCUAUGCGCCGCUCAGCGUACGCCUUGUACAGUGCGUCUUGCAGAAACCAUAUAUUAUAUCCCUCACGAAAGGCCUCCCCGCAUCCGCUGCAGGAGCUUCUGCAAACGUUUCAUCCCCUGGCUGGUUAGGAUUCGAAGAAAUCGUGAAAAGUGCACGAGGUUCCACGCUGAACAUCGUCCAAAAGGGUGAUGAGAAGGCUGUGAGGGCGAGGCAAACACUCUCGGGGACAGGAGGCAUAAAGACGGUUUUUGUGUUUUUCCUUGGCGGGAUUACGUUUACUGAGAUUGCUGCGCUGAGAUUUAUUGCAAGCAAAGAAUCGGCGCGAAGACGGAUUAUAAUUUGUACAACGGGAAUUAUCAGCGGGAAUCGGAUGUUGAAGGUGGCGAUUGAAACGAAGGGAUUUACUAAGUCAUCGACAUAG